ACCACACUUCGAUUCCCCGCCCCCACUAGGGCCUGGACGUAGGAGCGAAGGCCCCGCCUGCAGAGGGCGUCGUUCGCUGACUGGGGAUCUCGAGCGGGCUCUGUGGUGCUGGGAGAGCCGAGGCAAAAUGUCCCCGGAAUCCAAAAAGCUGUUCAACAUCGUUAUUUUAGGCGUUGCCUUUAUGUUUAUGUUCACUGCCUUUCAAACUUGUGGAAAUGUGGCGCAAACUGUUAUUAGAAGCCUAAACAGCACAGAUUUUCAUGGCAGUGGAUAUACCAGCAUGGCAAUUAUUUAUGGAGUAUUCUCUGCUUCAAAUUUGAUUACACCUUCAGUUGUAGCCAUAGUGGGACCUCAACUAUCUAUGUUUGCUAGUGGUUUAUUUUAUAGCAUAUACAUUGCCGUUUUUAUCCAGCCUUUCACAUGGUCCUUCUACACAGCAUCUGUUUUCAUUGGAAUUGCAGCUGCUGUACUUUGGACAGCACAAGGAAAUUGCCUUACAAUAAAUUCAGAUGAAAAUACUAUUGGAAGAAACAGUGGAAUUUUCUGGGCACUCUUGCAGUCCAGCUUGUUCUUUGGAAAUCUUUACAUUUAUCUUGCUUGGCAAGGAAAAACUCAAAUAUCAGAGAAUGACCGAAGAACAGUUUUUAUUGCUCUGACGGUGAUUAGCCUUGUGGGGACAGUUCUUUUCUUUCUCAUUAGGAAACCAGACCCUGAGAAUGUAUUGGGAGAUGAUGAGUCCUCUGAUAAUGAGAGUCUGGAAGUCAACAUGUCUAUCCAGAAUGACAUGACAAAGGCAGUAGAUGCAUUUAAAAAAUCUCUUAAAUUGUGUAUCACCAAAGAAAUCCUGUUCCUCAGUGUUACAACUGCUUAUACAGGUCUGGAAUUAACAUUCUUCUCUGGUGUAUAUGGAACCUGUAUUGGUGCUGUAAAUCAGUUUGGCACAGAAGAAAAAAGCCUUAUUGGACUUUCUGGCAUUUUCAUUGGCAUUGGAGAAAUUUUAGGUGGAAGUCUCUUUGGCUUGUUAAGCAAGAACAGUCGUUUUGGCAGGAACCCAGUUGUACUGUUGGGCAUUUUUAUGCAUUUUGUAGCUUUUUAUUUAAUUUUUCUUAACAUUCCCAGUGAUGCUCCAGUUGCUCCUCUUGAAGGAACUGAUAGCAAUGCUUAUAUCAAUUCGAGCAAAGAGAUUGCUCUGUUCUGCAGCUUUCUGUUGGGGCUUGGAGACAGCUGCUUUAAUACCCAAUUAAUUAGCAUUUUGGGUUUCCUUUAUUCAGAAGAUAGUGCACCUGCCUUUGCAAUCUUUAAAUUUGUUCAGUCCAUCUGUGCAGCAGUGGCAUUUUUCUACAGCAACUAUCUUCUACUUCAUUGGCAACUUCUGAUCAUGGUGAUAUUUGGCUUUUUUGGAACACUUUCCUUCUUUACAGUGGAAUGGGAAGCUGCUGAUUUUGUAGCUCGAAGCUCAGAGUACAGAAGUAUUUGAUCUCAUGUUUAAAGCAUUUUUGUUUAAAAAAACUUGACAACGUGGGAAUAAAUUCAGAGUUGCAGAAGUUUGGAUGAAGGAGCCACUGUCAACCUAAACAGCAUAAUAGAUGGCAUCAACGAAUGUGGAAAAAAAAACUCAGCCAAAGUUUGUCAAGUUUACAGACAUAGGAUAUUUAAAGUAUGAAAUAAUGAAACAUUCCAUUAAUAGUUUUUGUUGGAUAUGAUUCUAUUUCACUCUUUUAAUUGUGUUAUAAACUAUUAAUAUUGUUCCUCCCCUAUUCUUAUUUGAAGAUCCAUCUUAGCUAUUGAAUAUGUAUCUUUUAAAGAUUCCUGCUGUGCAUGGAGUAUGUUUUAUUAUUAUACAGUAUUGAAAAAAUAGCUGUAACACAUGACUAUAUGUAUAUAAAAAUAAGUUUAAAAUUUUAGGAGCAGGCUCAAAUGAAAAUCUCAGCUUCCAAAAAAGUUUAUACUUUAACUUUUAUUAAAAUGUUGCUCAUUAAUACCUCUUUCAAAUUACAGUUUAUAGUAGAAACUGAGUUUUAAAAAUCAAAGAAAAGUUAUUACAAAGGUAUAGAUUAUAAGAACACUUUUAAAAAUGUUAGACUAAGUGAUAUAAUGAACAAAAUCAUAGCAGCUUUGUUAGAAUUUUGCCUAUAAUUUUCUUGGGAAAUGAUAUAAAAUAUCCACUAUAUGUUAAUAAUAUUUGCAUUGUAGUUCUAAAUUGCCAUGGUCAAUGAGGAAAAAAAAAACUCAAAAUUAUUUUUUAUUUUCUUCAAUUAAAAUGACAGGGAUGUCCAUAGAUCUUUGAGAGAGAAAUUUAAAUAUUGAGGGAAGUGCUCAAGUGGUAGUCUUGAUUAACCCCUUGUAUUUGUUUUAAAGUGGAAUAUUUAAUGUUCAGAUUGAGAAUUUUUAUUAUAAAGUUAAUAGCAACAGGCAGGGAGGCAGAAGCGGGGAGACAGGAGGGAAGGGAACCUUCAUUUGAUUAGGAUUUAAAAUUCAGCAAAUAUUUUAAAGUAUUUUCUAUGUUUAAGGCAUUACUAAACACUAGAAUCAGGAAAAUUGAUUUAAAAGUAAUGAAUUAUCCUUCUUUUGGCCAUAUUAAUAAGGCCAUAAAAGUCUUUGUGUCCUCUUAUUAGCUUAGGUCAAGUACAAUUAGCAAAUACAAAUUAUAUUAAUAAUUGUUAAGUACAAUUUCAGAGGUAGCAUGAAACUGAACUGUGUUUUUAUUUACCUAAGUUUUAAAGUUGUCUAUGGUUAAGAUGAAAAAUACCUCCAAUAUAUUUCUUCAAACUAAGUAUCCCAGACCUUUGUCCUUUUGUUUUCAACAUACUGAAACAAAAUGCUGAGUAGCUUCUGAGAAUUGUAAUUUUGGGGAAUAUAAUUCAAAUAAGAUAUUAUAGUAUUCCAUCAUUAUUAUUGAUAGUUGUAUUGUCAAUAAGAGAAUAAAAGUGAGAGUGUUUAACUGAAUUGUUUGAAACUUGAGUUUUCCCUGACUGCCACUGAUGUAUAUUGUUCUGAAUAACUCACUUUAAAUUUGUAUUCUGCUUUCAUAUCUUUAAAUGGGGAUAGUGACCUUAAAGCUUUGCACAAUGGAUCUUUAGAUGGGAAGUGGGGAGUAUUAUUUCAGUUGAAUAUGGGAUAUGGUUAAUAAAGUAUUGAAAAAGUUUUGCACUGUGUAGCUUUAUGGAAUCAGUCAUAUUACAAUUUGAUUCAGAGAUGCAGAUGAUUUGAUUUGAUCUUCCUAUAAUAUUUUGUGAAUAUCACAUGAUUUCAUUUUAAAGUUUCAGAUUUAAUAUACUAUGUGUAUUAAAAUUUUCAUUGAUA